CGUGUAGCCUGUAGCAUCGCUGAUCACGUGCUCUCUCUCAGUCCGGCUGAGCCAGUGCAGCGCCUACUGUCAGUCUGUGCAGAUUCACCUGCCGUCUUCCUUUCUACAGCCCCGCGUAGUUACCAUGGCGACAGAGCGCCAGUACCAGCUGGUGAUACUUGGGGCUUCUGGCUUCACUGGGCAGUUUGUGGUUGAAGAAGUGGCCCGGUCUGCCGAUAGUGAAGAUUUCAGGGGCCCCGGGCUCCGUUGGGCAGUUGCGGGUCGGAACAAGAAGAAGCUGGAGGAAGUUUUGCAGAAUGCGGCACAGAGACUGUCUAAGCCACAACUGAAGACUGAUGUUGGCAUAAUCAUCUGUGAUGUCAGUGACCCUCCCUCCCUCGCUGAAAUGUGCAAGAAGGCCUCUGUUGUUCUGGACUGCGUGGGACCAUACAGAUUUUAUGGUGAGCCAGUGGUAAAAGCCUGUGUUGAGAAUGGAGCACACUUUGUCGAUAUAAGCGGAGAGCCCCAAUAUCUUGAGGGAAUGCAGCUGAAGUAUAACAGCCAAGCAGCAGAGAAAGGUGUAUAUAUUGUUGGCAGCAGUGGUUUUGACUCCAUUCCAGCAGAUCUAGGUGUUUUAUUCACCAGAAACAGCUUAAAAGGGACUUUGACUGCAGUUGAAAGUAUUUUGUCUUUGCAAUCAGGACCAAAGGGCACCUGCAUUCAUGAUGGAACAUGGCAAUCGGCCAUUCAUGGAAUUGCAGAUCAGGGAAAUCUUAGGAAAUUAAGAAAGCAGUUUGCAUAUAAGCCCCUUCCAGUAGUUGGGAGAAAAAUAAAGAGGAGAGGGGCAGUGUUUUAUAGUAAUGAACUGAAGGAAUAUGCCAUUCCGUUUUUGGGAGCAGAUUCUGCUGUUGUCAGACGGACGCAGCGUUAUCUGCAUGAGACUCUGCAGGAAUCUCCUGUGCAGUAUGCUGCAUAUGUAGCCGUUGGUGGUAUUACAUCUGUGAUUAAACUGAUGUUUGCUGGAAUCCUGUUUUUACUUUUCACAAAGUUCAGCUGUGGACGAAAUCUUCUGAUCAAAUUCCCCAAAUUGUUUUCCUUUGGCUAUUUCUCAAAGGAAGGACCAACACAAGAACAGAUGGAUGGAGCAUCUUUCACGAUGACAUUUUUUGGUGAAGGUUAUAGCCAAGGGCACAAUCCACAAGAUGGGAACCCAAAUGUAAAGAUCUGUACUCAAGUGUCGGGUCCAGAAGUUGCGUAUGUUGCUACUCCUAUAGCAAUGGUACAGGCCGGAGUGACCAUUUUAAAGGAACCAGGCUUGCUUCCAAAAAGCGGAGGGGUGUACACACCAGGGGCUGCUUUCUCUAAGACUAAUUUGAUUGAACGCCUGAACAAAGCUGGUCUCCACUUCUCUGUCAUCAGCAAACCAGAAGUCUGAGAAGCAUUAGAAGCAGGGCAUGUACAAGCAUGGCUAACUGGGAAACCGUCCACUCGCACGCAAAUACACGCUUAACUUUAUUGAUGAUUUCUAACGGCUCAUAAAUGGCCUAUUGAAUUACUACAUUAAAAUCUGUGUUCUAACAACAUUUUCUGUGUUCACGUUAUAUUUUCUUAAAGUGCAUAAAUAAUUUGAUUCUAGUAGAAAACUUUGUUCUUUUACUGAUGAACUUAGCACCUUCCAUUUUUAGUCCUACCAGAUACCAUAAAAUCACAGUAUCUGUAUUGUUCUCAAGACAUAAAAUCCGUUCACUAUGCAAUGCAUUUAAAAACAAAAAUAUGAUGCUUUGUUUUUAUUUAGUGACUUUCCCUAGAUAUAGAGUGCUACAGGCAGCACAGAAAGUUAAUUUGAAAAGUAGAAACGUAAGCAUCUUUCUGGCAUGUCAGAUAAUGAAUAGAGGAUACCUUUAGAUAACUGCCACUUCCAGACAUCUUUUCUAGAGACUUUCUCUCCCUGUCAAAUGUAUAAGUAAGGAAUCUUAAAAUAGAUCAGUGUCACAAGUGAAGCAGCUCUAAGUAUAUAUUCUAGUACCAGAAUCAGGACAACUUUUACAAGAGAAACGUAAAGUUACGUAUCUUUAUGUGAUAUGUAGUUGAUCGGGUAGAGAUUUGCAUUUACUUGGCUAAUGAUUUUAUAGGGCUGCUGUAAACUUAGCUUUACCAGCAAUGCAGUACUUAAUUCGCUAUCUGCAACGUCCUUUCCAGUCAAAAGUAAGCAUACAUACUGUAUCAAGGGGGUACCUUGGCAAAAUUUAAAAAAUAUGGCACUUGUAUAUGGGGAAUCUCCAGUGCGUACUCCCAUCCUCAUCCCACAAGAUCCACUGAACUGUGACUAAAUGGUAUAUAACUGUCAACCAGACACUAAUAAUUUCUUUCUUCUUAUUCCGCUUUUUGUCUCUCUCCCUGUCCUCUUCUAUUGGACCUAUUUGUAGUUUCAACUGCUCUGUUGUCUUUCUAUUUUUAUUACAUAUCUGUUUAAAAAGCAAUAAAGAAAAUCUUACAAAGAAA